AUCUGCAUCCGGGUCCUCAGGCUUCGCGCUCCUGUUGGGGUCGCUUGUUUGUUGCAGGUGUCGGUGAUCCUCGCUGUUCCCGCUUCCGAGGUCGGUGGGUCCGCUGGUUUGAACGUCUUGUGCGGCAAGCUGUGCAUCACCGUCAUGAGGCUUGUAAUCCUUGAUAACUAUGACUUGGCUAGUGAAUGGGCAGCCAAAUACAUCUGUAAUCGCAUCAUUCAGUUCAAACCUGGACAGAACAGAUACUUUACGCUGGGCUUACCAACAGGGAGUACACCUUUAGGAUGUUAUAGAAAACUAAUAGAGUAUCACAAGAGUGGAGACCUUUCUUUUAAAUAUGUGAAAACUUUUAACAUGGAUGAAUAUGUAGGACUUCCAAGAAAUCAUCCUGAAAGCUACCAUUCUUACAUGUGGAAUAACUUUUUUAAGCACAUUGACAUAGAUCCUAAUAAUGCUCAUAUCCUUGAUGGGAAUGCUGCAGAUUUACAAGCAGAAUGUGAUGCAUUUGAAAGAAAAAUAGAAGAAGCUGGAGGGAUAGAUCUUUUUGUUGGAGGAAUAGGUCCAGAUGGUCACAUUGCUUUUAAUGAACCAGGAUCCAGUUUAGUAUCAAGGACAAGAUUAAAGACUCUAGCAAUGGACACCAUUUUGGCAAAUGCGAAAUACUUUGAUGGAGAUUUAUCAAAAGUGCCAACUAUGGCUCUCACUGUUGGUGUGGGGACAGUGAUGGAUGCUAGAGAAGUGAUGAUCCUCAUAACGGGUGCACACAAGGCAUUCGCCUUGUACAAAGCAAUAGAAGAAGGAGUCAAUCAUAUGUGGACUGUGUCAGCUUUCCAGCAGCAUCCCAGAACUAUUUUUGUAUGCGAUGAAGAUGCUACUUUAGAAUUAAGAGUUAAAACUGUGAAAUACUUUAAAGGUUUAAUGCAUGUGCACAAUAAACUUGUGGAUCCACUAUACAGUAUGAAAGAAGGAAAUUGAAGGAGAUUGAAGCAAAAUUCUGCUUGGAAACACCACUUUAUUAGUAGAUGAAUUUUCAGCUAUGCAAUAUGAUAUAAAUAAUGGGAAAUACUGAAGAUUGCCACUUUAAAAAUCCAUUAUCUAUGUUUAACAUUCCAUAUUUAGAAUGUCUAUUUUAUACUAGGAUUUAUGAGAAAUAUUUGGCUUUCAAAGUUAAAUGGCUGUUUAUUAUCAAUUACAGAAAGCUACAUACCGAUCUAUAAAACAGCAUACAAAUGUCUGCUGGUUUCAUUUUAAACUUAAAGAUUCUGCACUGUAGGUACCAUGUGUGACAUGAUGCAGGUUUUUAUUUUUUAAUUAGAGGCAGACACUCCAAGCCUUUCAUUUAUCAUACAACUAUCACUGCAAAUCUUUACUCUCAGAAUGCUAUCUUUAGAUUUCUGUGUAUUACACACAUUCUUUUUUCUGCACGGUGUUGCCUUAGUCAUCUUUCAGCAGUAGUAUUUGGACAUCAAAGUCCUGCAACGUAUUGUUAGUAAAGGAAAUGUUAAGAGAUGACAGUGCUAAAUGUAGUUUGUAUCUUUUUGGAAAAUACGUGUAAAUGCAUGUUUUUUUGCGCAUCUUCGUAGCACAUUUUUACAAAUAUGCUCUUAUUUUUAUUUAAUGACCAGGGUUCAUGCCCCCCCCCCCGUAUACAUAACUUGGCAAUUAUGAGCUUUAUAUAGACUUAAAUUCUUUUGAAGAAUAUUUUGAUUAUUGCUAAAUUUCAUAAAUGAUCAGCUUUAUUCCUUAUAUAUGUCCAAAAGGAUACUACGAAAUAUAUGUAAAAUUACUGUAAACUAUUUCAGAUUGUGAUAAAUUGAAUUAUAGAUCUAUAUUGUUUUCUAUCUUUAACUCAAAUAAAGCUUAUUAAUAAUAA